GAUUGUCUAGGCCAUGUCCAAGCGACUGUUUGAUCACUAAGCCUCUGUAGCCGAGCAGGAACUUGAAAAACGACAUCGGUACAUCCUUCAAAAUACGUCUCUGAUGGACCUCGAGGCUUUGGCGCAAGGGUUCUUUGCGAGAUUCGACUUUACAAAUAAAAGUAUUGCGCACGAUGCGCUGCGCUCCUCGCUCAUCGCAACCGGACAGGAGCAUCUCGCCAACGAGACAAAGACGGAGGAAUUUAAGGAAUGGAUGACUCGUCACUUCAAUGAGAACAAGGUGGCCAAAAGGUUGAGUUUACAGAAUGUCCUCAAGCGGCACCGUACCCAGCGCCAAAAAUCUGGAGUUAUCAAAAAGUUCUCAUAUGAUACAAUCCGGAAUGGAUCUUCUAGCCCCUGCGAUGGCAGCAUUGACAAAGAAGAGCGAGAGACGGCACUAGGCGCUACUUCGAUCUUGAUCCCGAAGUCGAUUCCAUUGAGAGAGUGCAGAGCGAAUUUCCAGCCUGGUACACUUCGCCACCUUGGGUCAGGCAAUAGUUUGGAGCGUUGGAGGCAUCGACAUGGUCCAGAAGAGCUGAGUCCGACUUUACUUUCAGGCGCCAGACUUGCGGACCCUGCUCCGGAUAUUUAUGAGCGUUGGCCCACGCUAGGCUCCAUCUGCGAACGUGUCUUCGUGUCGAACAACUAUGAUGAGGUGGCGCAUGUAGUUCGCUCCGAAAGCAUGCACGGCCCCAUCGCGGCGUACUUGUUCGUUAUUAUCAUGGGUUGGCAGCACCUCCAAUUUCACGAGGAGAUUUCGGAGAAUAUCAACGAACGAGAAGGAUUUUCAGGGUUAACGCGGUCUUUCAUUCAGACACCUUUGACUAUGAAGACCAAACUACUACGCAUGGAUUUCCAAGGUGUUUUCCGGCUGCAACAAUUCGAUUUGCUCAUCAUUUCGCUGAGCAAGCACGAUUUCGGCAACAAGAUGAAGACAGCGGUGGUCGGUUCUCUUGAGUUGGCUGCUCGUCUUCAUCAGGAAAUUGAGCGCCGGCGCCAGGCCACUGUUACCCUCGAAUAUUAUGAUCGAGUAGUAUUGGCCGAUGCCUUGCGUCUUAUUGAGAAGACGACUUCCACUCCCUCCAAGACCACCAAGAGGAAGUAA